AUGGCGGCGCUUUCAACAAGCUCUCUUCUCCGAUUACACCAUCGCAACACCGUCGUGACCAACGAAAGCACUGCGUCGCCUUUUUCCCUCCGCCUCACUCUCUAUUAUCUUCUUCGAUUUCGCAUUCCCUGGUCUCUCAUCUCCGUUGAUCACGUUGGCAGAUGGUUAAAAGCUUGCUUGAUUAUCGAGUGGACUUCGGAUGAUGAAGCUUUUAUGUUUGUUAUGUGUUGUGGCAGGGAUUUUGGGUUAGCAGUAGCUGUUAAUGUGAACAAAGUUUGGUUAUUGGGAAUGGAUGAGGUUUUGUUUGUAUGGAUUUAUUAUUCUUGGGCUGCCAUUGAGAGGAGGGAUGUUGCUGUUCAUAAGCCGGAGACGACAACCAUGGCUGCAUAUUUUGUGAUGCACUUGGAGAUGGAUUUGCAGGAUGUGGACUUUGCGGGCAGAUGGUUAAAAGCUUGCUUGAUUAUCGAGUGGACUUCGGAUGAUGAAGCUUUUAUGUUUGUUAUGUGUUGUGGCAGGGAUUUUGGGUUAGCAGUAGCUGUUAAUGUGAACAAAGUUUGGUUAUUGGGAAUGGAUGAGGUUUUGUUUGUAUGGAUUUAUUAUUCUUGGGCUGCCAUUGAGAGGAGGGAUGUUGCUGUUCAUAAGCCGGAGACGACAACCAUGGCUGCAUAUUUUGUGAUGCACUUGGAGAUGGAUUUGCAGGAUGUGGACUUUGCGAAUCAAGCUGCUGCCAACCCUGAAAAUACUGUUUUUGAUGUUAAGAGGUUAAUCGGUAGAAAGUUUAGUGAUACUAUUGUUCAAGAUGAUGUAUUGUUAUGGCCAUUCAAGGUCAAUGCCGGUGUCAAUGACAAACCGAUAAUUACUGUUAAGUACAAGGGCCAGGAAAAACAGCUAUGCGCUGAAGAAGUAUCAUCUAUGAUACUCACAAAGAUGCGAGAAAUUGCUGAGGCAUAUUUACAGUCUCCUGUUAAGAAUGCUGUUGUUACUGUGCCGGCUUAUUUCAGUGAUUCUCAGCGAAAAGCCACCAUAGACGCCGGUUCUAUUGCUGGCCUCAAUGUUAUAAGGGUAAUGAAUGAACCUACUGCUGCAGCGGUUGCAUAUGGUUUUGACAAGAGAACUGGUUAUGAUGGAGAAAGAAAUAUUUUUGUGUUUGAUCUUGGGGGUGGCACGUUUGAUGUGUCUCUACUAACUAUUAAAGGUGAUGUGUUCAAAGUUAAGGCAACUGCUGGAAACACUCAUCUUGGUGGAGAGGACUUUGAUAAUAGAAUGGUCAAUUACUUUGUACAAGAGUUCAAGAAAAAGAACAAAGUGGAUGUCAGUAGAAAUCCAAAAGCCUUGAGGAGGUUGAGAACGGCUUGUGAGAGGGCAAAAAGGUCACUUUCUUUCCUUGUUACCGCCACUAUUGAGGUAGAUUCUUUAUUUCAAGGCAUUGACUUUUCAUCAUCCAUCAAUAGGGCCAAGUUUGAGGAAAUGAAUAUGGACCUUUUUAAUGAGUGUAUGAAGACUGUUGAGAGUUGUCUUACUGACGCUAAGAUGGAUAAGGGCAGGGUAGAUGAUGUUGUUCUUGUUGGUGGAUCUUCUAGGAUUCCUAAAGUACAGCAGCUAUUACAAGACUUUUUCAAUGGGAAGGAGUUGUGCAAGAGCAUUAACCCUGAUGAGGCUGUGGCUUAUGGGGCAGCUGUUCAGGCUGCUUUGUUGAGUGAAGGCUUUAAUACUGUUCCAAAGUUGGUUCUACAAGACGUUACACCAUUGUCUCUUGGCAGGUCCGUAGUAGGAGAUAUCAUGAGUGUGGUUAUUCCUAGGAACACUUGCAUUCCUGUCAAGAAUACGCUACAAUAUGUUACGGUUAAAGAUAACCAAACCAGUUCAUUUGUUGAGGUUUAUGAGGGUGAGAGAACAAGAGCUAGUGAAAACAAUUUGCUUGGUUCUUUUACUCUUUCUGGUCAUACCCCAGCUCCUCGUGGCCACCCUUUGGAUGUUUGUUUUGCUAUUGAUGAAAAUGGUAUUUUGACAGUUUCUGCUAAGGAAUGUUCCACCGGUAAAAUGAAUGAGAUUACAAUAACCAAUUACAAGGAGAGGAUGUCAGCUGAAGAAAUUAGAAAAUUGAUUAAAGAAGCUGAGAAUUUUCAUAUUGAAGACAAGAAAUUUCUAAGGAAGGCCAAAGCAGUGAAUGCAUUGGAUGACUACAUUUACAAAAUGAUAAAUACUUUAAAAAUAAAGGAUAUUAAUUUGAAGCUCUCCUCACAAGAAAUCAAGCAGAUUGAAGAUGCAAUUGCAGUGGCUAAAAACCUCGUUGACGAGAAUAACAAGCAGGUUGAAAUAGAAGUUCUGGAAGAUCACCUAGAAGGGAUUGAGAGUAGGAUGAAACAAAUUAUAGCUAAGACUAUUUAGUUUUUAUAAAGUUUAGAGGCGACAUGUUACUUAAAUUGUUUUUGUCAUUUUGCUUUAUUUCUUAACCAUGCAACAACUGACUGAUACUGUGAUGUUUGACUGAAACUGUGAUGUUUGAUUCAAAUGCAGUUGUUUUAGAUUUCAUUUGUUUAGUUUACAAGUCUCUUUAAUUAGUAUAC